GUUUGUUUUCCAUGGGUGCAAAGUAUGUUUAAGUACAUUAACCGGACGGCCCAGUGUACGAGACACCUCCAGGCAGUAGGAAACCGUUGCGGUCAAAACAAAGACUUUAGGCUGGUGUCAUCCUUGCCAUUCAGAAUGACCGACCCGGCUGUGAACAGGGUGGUUGGUGAAAUAAUUCGCUCUCCCGAGGACAAGCGGGUUUACAGGGGCCUGGAGUUUACCAAUGGCCUGAAGGCCAUGCUCAUCAGUGACCCGACCACAGACAAAUCCUCAGCUGCUUUGGAUGUCCACAUAGGUUCCUUAUCGGACCCAGGCAACAUCUCAGGACUGGCACACUUUUGUGAACACAUGCUGUUCUUGGGAACGCAGAAGUACCCCAAAGAGAAUGAAUACAGCCAGUUCCUCAGCGAGCAUGCGGGCAGCUCCAAUGCCUUCACCAGCGGAGAGCAUACCAACUACUAUUUUGACGUGUCCCACGAGCACUUGCAAGGAGCACUAGAUAGGUUUGCUCAGUUCUUCCUGUGCCCACUGUUUGAUGAGAGCUGUAAGGACCGGGAGGUGAAUGCAGUCGACUCUGAGCAUGAAAAGAACCUGAUGAAUGAUGCCUGGAGGCUUUUUCAGCUGGAGAAGGCAACUGGCAACCCAAACCACCCCUUCAGUAAAUUUGGAACAGGUAACAAAUUGACCCUUGAGACCAGACCCUGUAAAGACGGGAUCGACAUCCGCCAGGAGCUCCUCAAGUUUCACUCCACGUACUACUCCUCUAAUCUCAUGGGGCUCUGUGUGUUAGGAAGAGAAUCACUAGACGAGAUGACCUCCAUGGUGGUCGAGCUGUUUGGAGAAGUUGAGAACAAGAACGUGCCUAUCCCAGAAUUCCCAGAGCACCCAUUUCAGGAAGAACAUCUUAGGCAAUUCUACAGUGUGGUGCCUAUUAAAGACAUCAGGAACCUGUAUGUGACGUUCCCCAUCCCAGACCUACAGAAGUACUACAAGUCAAACCCAGGACAUUAUCUGGGACACCUGAUCGGUCAUGAAGGACCCGGAAGUUUGUUAUCUGAGCUAAAAUCCAAAGGCUGGGUGAACACACUCGUUGGAGGGCAGAAAGAAGGAGCCAAAGGAUUCAUGUUCUUCAUCAUCAAUGUGGACUUGACAGAGGAGGGUCUCUUGCACGUCGAGGACAUCAUCUUCCACAUGUUCCAGUACAUCCAGAAACUGCGUACUGAGGGACCUCAGUCGUGGGUGUUUGAGGAGUGCAAGGAUUUAAACAAAGUGGCCUUCAGGUUCAAGGACAAGGAGCGACCCCGUGGCUAUACCUCCAAAGUUGCUGGUUUGCUACAUUACUACCCUCUGGAAGAGGUUCUAGCAGCAGAGUACCUUUUGGAGGACUUCAGGCCAGAUCUGAUUGAGAUGGUGCUGGAUAAGCUGAGACCAGAGCAUGUCAGAGUUGCAGUGGUGUCAAAGUCAUUUGAAGGGCAAACAGACAAGACAGAAGAAUGGUACGGCACGCAGUACAAACAGGAGGCCAUCUCUGCUGAGACCAUUAAGAAAUGGGAAAAUGCAGACCUCAACGGGAAGUUCAAGUUACCAAUGAAAAACGAGUUCAUCCCCACCAACUUUGAGAUCUACCCUCUUGAGAAAGACUCUCCGUCCGUGCCCACUUUAAUCAAGGACACUGCUAUGAGCAAGGUGUGGUUCAAGCAGGACGACAAGUUCUUCCUGCCCAAAGCAUGCCUGAACUUCGAGUUCUUCAGUCGCUACCUAUACGCAGAUCCCCUGCACUGCAACAUGACCUACUUGUUACUCAGGUUACUGAAGGAUGAUUUAAAAGAGUAUACAUAUGCAGCCCGCCUGGCAGGGCUGGUGUAUGGCGUAGCCUCAGGGAUGAAUGCCAUCCUCCUGUCUGUUAAAGGUUACAGUGACAAGCAGUACAUCCUGCUGAAGAAGAUCAUUGAAAAGAUGGCCACUUUUGAGGUCAAUGAGAAGCGCUUCGACAUCAUCAAGGAAGCGUACAUGAGGUCUUUGAAUAACUUCAGAGCCGAGCAGCCUCACCAGCACGCCAUGUACUACCUCCGUCUCCUAAUGACCGAGGUUGCUUGGACCAAAGAUGAGCUCAGAGAGGCUCUGGAUGAUGUAACUCUCCCACGCCUCAAGGCCUUCAUACCUCAGCUAUUGUCCCGGUUACAUAUUGAAACCCUUCUCCAUGGCAACAUCACCAAGGAGUCUGCUCUUGGCAUGAUGCAAAUGGUUGAGGACACGCUCAUUGAGCACGCUCACACAAAGCCCCUCCUCCCGAGCCAGCUGAUUCGCUACAGAGAGGUGCAGGUUCCAGACGGUGGCUGGUACGUUUACCAGCAGAGGAACGAGGUGCACAACAACUGCGGCAUUGAGAUCUACUACCAGACAGACAUGCAGACCACCCACGACAACAUGCUGCUGGAGCUGUUCUGUCAGAUCAUCUCUGAGCCCUGCUUCAACACGCUGAGAACCAAAGAGCAGCUGGGCUACAUCGUGUUCAGCGGCCCCCGGCGGGCUAACGGAGUCCAAGGCCUGCGUUUCAUCAUCCAGUCGGAGAAGGCGCCCCACUACCUGGAGAGCCGCGUGGAGGCUUUCCUGUGCACUAUGGAGAAGGCUGUGGAGGAGAUGACCGAUGAAGCCUUCCAGAAACACAUCCAGGCUUUGGCCAUCCGCCGCCUGGACAAGCCUAAGAAGCUGUCUGCUGAGUGUGCCAAGUACUGGGGAGAGAUCAUCUCUCAGCAGUAUAAUUUUGACAGAGAUAACAUUGAGGUGUCCUACCUGAAGACUCUGACAAAAGAAAACGUGAUGCAAUUCUACAGAGAACGUCUGACAGUCGAGGCCCCGAAGAGACACAAGGUGUCCGUGCACGUCCUGUCCAGAGAGAUGGACUCCUGUCCCAUAGUGGGAGAGUUCCCCGCUCAGAAUGAUGUCAACCUGGCCCCCGCUCCCUCCCUGCCGCAGCCCUCGUUGGUUCAGGACAUGACCGAGUUCAAGAGGAGUCUGCCUCUCUUCCCUCUGGUCAAGCCUCACAUCAACUUCAUGGCAGCCAAACUGUGAGUGAGGCUGGCAGGUCGACACGCAGCAGCAGCAGCAGGAGGAGGAAGAGGAGGAGGAGGAGGGAGAGCCCCACUCAGUUUCCCACCUACCCCUCCUGUCAGGAAGACUUUCAUCUGACCGAGCCUGCAUGAGUGCGCGCGUGUGUGUGCAUGUGUAUUUGCGCGAGUACAUGUGAAUGUGUGUGUGUGUGCACGUGUGGCAGGCUGGAGCCACUAGAAGAGAUGCUUGGAAACUUAAUGCGUGUAUUUGAAUCACAAAGUUAGCCGUCGGUCGUCGACAUAGCUGUGAUAAACGGUACAGGUCACACCUGAACUCACCUCAUGUUUAAAGUCUCUAAAAGGAGACGCAACACUUACACGCAUCACACCACCGUGUAGGCUGUUGUAGAGGAAAUAGAAAACCUUUAAAAAAGAAAGGAAAAAAAAAAAAGACGAGGGUUCAGAUCCCUUUAAAACGACUUCAGAUUUACUGCAGAAGCUUCACAGUAGGAAGCGUUUUAUUUGAAUAAUUCAGACAUGCUGCUUUGAGAAUGGAUUGCGGGUUAAUUCUGAUGAACUGGGGAGGGGGAGGGGGGUGCGGGCGGGGGCUCCAUGAAGGUCUUCUUUUGUUUUUUUUAAUGUUGUCGGACUGGUAGAUAUUUGCAAUGUAACUCUCGGAGGCACCACACACACACACACAAAAAAGACACACUCGCUCACAAAGGAGUGUUUUUAUUCAAAUUUAUGCAUUUCUUGAAGAAUAAUAAUCUGCCUUUAUAAUUCUGGUUUGUAGUCGGCAAAAGGUUUUUUGAAAUGUUUUUGCUUGUAAAACUGGUAAAAUGUUGGGACCCUUUGAGGAGCUGUUUUUAAAAUAAUAAUUGCUGAUCACGAAGAACCACGCCCAUGAAGGCUGUUUUUGUUAAUUUUAUUGCAUUUUACAGUGUGUAAGUAAGACAUCUCAGGGGUACCUCCAUGCUGUUUUUCUUUUACAUUCAAUUUUUAUUAGUGAUUGAUUCAAAAAUAAAAACACUUUUAUUGA